AGGGGGUGGCAUGUGGGAGAUACUGUUGCAAGUCGCUGCCACUGCUCCAUGUCUUGGCUGCUUUCUCUACCUCUGCCCCUCAGAUCCGCACCCUGUGCUAUGGCUGCCAGCUGGCUGGGGGGGUCCUGGCCCGGAAAGGCCCCACGGAGUCAGAGAUGGGCAGGAGGCUCUUGGCUGUGUCGACCCAGCUGAGUCACUGCCGGACGGUGCUGCGCCUCUUUGAUGACCUUGCCAUGCUCGCCUAUAGCUGCCAGUAUGGGCUGGGUGCCAAGGAAAAAGAUGCCAUUGUCCGCUGGCUCUCUGUCCUCAAUAACCUGGCUGAUCAGCUCUACUACCCUUGUGAGCAUGUAGCAUGGGCUGCUGAUGCUGAUAUUAUUCGCACAAGCUCACACAAGUGGUGGACAUUAAGCACAGCUUUCUGGGGGCUCUCCCUAGUCCUGGGCAUCAUACGGUCUCUCAGAAUUCUGUUUCAGCUAAGAAGAAAGCUGAGAAAGCGUACUGGUGAGUCCUCGGAGCAAAGUCAAAAGGAAAUGGAUGCCCAAGUGAAAUGUGAAGUCUUGAGCAUCCUCAGCAGCGUGGCAGAUCUCUCCAAUGCUGUCCACUGGUUGCCUCCAGGAUUUCUUUGGGCUGGACAGUUUCCUCCAUGGCUAGUGGGUCUCAUGGGGACUAUAUCGUCUCUGAUUGGUGUCUACCAAACAUCCGUAGGGGCAGGUUCUGGGGCUGUGUGACCCAUGGUUUCAACUUCAGAAGGCUAAGUAUUUUGUGGGUAGAGUCUGAAUGCUUCCAGUUAUGGAUCAGUGUGGCUCAGUCCAACCUGUAAUUAGAAUGUGAUUAGAGGGGCUCUUAAUGUAAUCAGUUAAGAUUAAUGUUUUUAUGACUUCCUCAUCAGAGCAAACAUUUUUAACUGUAUCCUCUGUGUAAGGAGAAAUUGCAGCUGUGAUUGCUAUGAGGGCAGAUGAAAUGGUGAUUACCAUUCAGAGCAAAUGGCUUUGAGGUUUUCCAAAAGAUGGGAAAAAUUGAAUUAGGGACAGCAAGUGGCGUCUCAUUUUGUCCCCACAGCCACAUCCCUGUUGUCUUGAACAUGAGACAAGUCUGGAAACUCACUAUGGGGUGGGGAACUGGACAUAGUUAUUGCUUGUGAAGCUCAAAAGAGAGAAUCUACAAGCCUUAGAUCCAGCUCACCCUCUUUCUCUGAUCUGAUUACGCAUUCCUGUGAGAUGCCAGGAAGCUGUAAAGGAGCAUGCCAGAUACCUAUCAGUUUCCAAAUUGCCUUUUCCAGUGCCGCCACAGUAAGGGGCACCUGCUCUGAAUUGGGUUUUGUUUGCUUGUCCUCUGUCUAUGGAAGUUUCUCUCCUGUAAAAAAAAAAAAACAAAAAAAAACCCUGGUCCUAGUCCCCCCAGAUCAGAGUUGCUAGCUACAAAAUAGAAGCAGGUGUUUAAAGGGUCUGUUUUUGUGACAGUCUCUAGACGGCUCUUUAUGGAGCCAUGGUAGAAAUGGAGACUUUUGUGUGUAUUUGGUCAAGUCCAUUUUACCUUCAGAUGGUGGCACAUGGAACAUCAGCUGGAGGACGGAGUUUUGCUCUUCUGUCAAGGUCUGUCUCAACCUGAUGACUUUCUUUUAAAAACAUGAUCAAAUACAUUUUAAUAGCCUUUUAAUGGCUCAAUUGAAUGAAUGCGAAGAUCAGAGCUUGCACCAGAGAUUCGUUUUAUAAUUAUUUCCCUGGCAGAGCCAAUAAUAAAGGAAGUAAGCACUUUGACCAGUA